AUGGCAUGGCGGCCAGCUCCCUUUCCUGAAGAGGCGGCGAGGGCCGAGAAGGAGGCCCCUGACAGCAAAAGAUUCACCUACACCCUUGGGGAGGGCAUGUGGUUGCCCCUCAGCAAGAGUUUUGUGAUCCCACCGGCUGAACUGGCCAUCAACCCUUCGGCAAAGUGUAAGACGGACAUGACAGUGAUGGAGGACGCUGUGGAGGUCAGAGAGGAGCUGAUGACCUCGUCCUCCUUUGACAGCCUGGAGGUUCUCUUAGAUUCCUUUGGGCCAGUGCGCGACUGCAGCAAGGAUAACGGGGGCUGCAGCAAGAACUUCCGCUGCAUCUCAGACCGCAAGCUGGACUCCACUGGUUGUGUGGAGGACUGGAGGGUGAGGGCCGAUGUGCCGCGUCUCGACCCUUGUGAUCCGGCUGAGACUUACGGUGAGCUGAGCCAGACGUCAGCACUGUGCGAGAGCUCUGAUGUUGAUAGCAGAGCCUUCCAGAGUCGUCUGGAGAUUCUGGCUGACAUCUCUGCCUGGAUUAUCUUUGCUGGCACUCCUGGGGAAUUUACUGAGGACUGCCCGUCCGGACUGAGCCCCAUGAAGGACAGCUCUGGCUGCUACGACCGCCACAUUGGGGUGGACUGCUCAGAUGGCUUCAAUGGCGGCUGUGAGCAGCUGUGUCUCCAGCAGAUGGCGCCCUUCCCAGAUGACCCCACCUUGUACAACAUCCUCAUGUUCUGUGGGUGCAUCGAGGAUUACAAGCUUGGUGUGGAUGGACGCUCUUGCCAGCUCAUCGCGGAGACCUGCCCAGAGGGCGGUGACUGUGGGGAAAGCAGGGAGCUUCCCAUGAACCAGACCCUCUUUGGGGAAAUGUUCUUUGGUUACAACAACCAUUCCAAGGAAGUCGCUGCUGGGCAAGUGCUGAAAGGAACAUUCAGGCAAAACAACUUUGCUCGGGGUUUAGACCAGCAACUGCCAGAUGGUCUUGUGGUGGCCACUGUUCCCCUGGAGAAUCAGUGCCUGGAGGAAAUCUCGGAGCCCACCCCUGACCCCGACUUCCUGACUGGGAUGGUGAACUUCAGUGAGGUGUCUGGAUACCCUGUGCUGCAGCACUGGAAGGUCCGGUCUGUGAUGUACCACAUCAAACUCAACCAAGUGGCCGUCUCUCAGGCCCUCAGCAAUGCGCUCCACUCCCUGGAUGGAGCUACGUCUCGUGGGGAUUUUGUGGCCCUGUUGGACCAGUUUGGCAACCACUACAUCCAGGAAGCUAUCUACGGCUUUGAGGAGUCCUGUUCCAUAUGGUACCCAAACAAGCAGGUGCAGCGGCGACUCUGGCUGGAAUAUGAAGACAUCAGCAAAGGCAACUCUCCAUCCGAUGAGUCGGAGGAGCGGGAAAGAGACCCCAAGGUGCUGACGUUCCCAGAAUACAUCGCCAGCCUGUCAGAGUCUGGCACCAAGCGCAUGGCAGCUGGGGUCCGCAUGGAGUGCCAGAGCAAGGGACGAUGCCCCUCAUCCUGCCCCCUGUGUCAUGUGACAUCCAGCCCUGACACUCCUGCUGAGCCAGUUCUGCUGGAGGUGACCAGAGCAGCCCCCAUCUAUGAACUGGUGACCAACAACCAGACCCAGAGGCUCUUGCAGGAGGCCACCAUGAGCUCCCUGUGGUGCUCAGGGACUGGAGACGUCAUCGAGGACUGGUGUCGAUGUGACUCCACCGCUUUUGGAGCUGAUGGACUCCCCACCUGUGCGCCUCUCCCACAGCCUGUGCUGAGACUCUCCACGGUUCACGAGCCCAGCAGCACCCUUGUGGUCCUGGAGUGGGAACACUCAGAGCCUCCGAUCGGGGUGCAGAUUGUAGAUUACCUCAUCCGUCAAGAAAAGGUCACUGACAGGAUGGACCACUCCAAAGUGGAGACAGAAACGGUGCUGAGCUUUGUGGACGACAUCAUCUCUGGAGCCAAGUCUCCUUGUGCCAUGCCCUCUCAGGUGCCAGACAAGCAGCUUACCACCAUCUCUCUGAUCAUUCGGUGCCUGGAACCGGACACCAUCUACAUGUUCACCCUGUGGGGCGUGGACAACACCGGACGGCGUUCCAGGCCCAGCGACGUGAUCGUAAAGACCCCUUGCCCCGUGGUGGAUGAUGUCAAAGCUCAAGAGAUAGCAGAUAAGAUCUACAAUCUCUUCAAUGGCUACACCAGUGGGAAGGAGCAACAGACGGCCUAUAACACCCUCCUGGAUCUGGGUUCUCCAACCCUACACCGAGUCCUCUACCACUACAACCAGCACUAUGAGAGUUUUGGAGAAUUCACCUGGCGGUGUGAGGAUGAACUGGGCCCCAGGAAAGCUGGCCUCAUCCUUUCCCAGCUAGGCGAUCUCAGCAGUUGGUGCAAUGGCCUCCUUCAGGAACCCAAGAUAAGCUUGCGACGUGGCUCCCUGAAGUACCUGGGCUGCCGCUACAGUGAGAUCAAGCCCUACGGACUUGACUGGUCAGAGCUCAGCCGGGACCUCAGGAAGACGUGCGAGGAGCAGACCCUGAGCGUCCCUUACAACGACUAUGGGGACAGCAAAGACAUCUAGCGCCAUGAAGCCAGAUGGUGUGGCUGCCGAAACGAAGCAGGAGAGAGGAGAGGAACAUCUGGGUUGGUUUGUGGAUUUUUAAUAUUUUUUAAUGGAACAUUAAAACCUCUAAACCAGGGAGAGGCAAUAGCUAAACCAGGGAGAAACUGAUCCUUGCUCCCGGUGGAACUUCUUUGGUAUGACAUUCUCCAUCUGCAUGGUCGGUACAGCUGCCAUCCGGCAGCUUCGUGCAGUAUUUCUCUGCAGGGGAUUACUUUGGGGCUUGUUUUACAGUUGAUUUGUUUCAUUUAAUUUUUUUUUUUUCCCGUGAGGUUCAUCAAAAUGCUCAAGAGUUCUGCCAUGCUUCCCAUGAAAGGUCUAUCAGGUCGAGGCACCCUGUGCUCACUGAGUCCCUGAGUCCGUUAGCUGGGGACAGAGAUGAGGUCAGAGAGUUGCUAGACUGGCCUCGGGCCCUGGCCUCAAGCGUUCCUCAGGAAGCAUCUCACUCUGGGAGCCUAAGCUCUGCUCACAAAGACCACAGGAAAUUGGGAGGGUGGCCUCUGUGCGGGUCUCAUGGUUUCCCCCACACCUUCCUAUUGCUUGUUUCACACCUCUCAGGUGAACUGAGCCUCCAACAUGGGUCCCAACAGGCUUUCGGGAUUUUUUAGAUCCUCACCCGUUCUAAGACAGGAUUAGAAUGAAAUCUCCUUCUGGUGGAUCUCUGCCUCUCCUUCAGACAAUAUGAUCUUUAAGAGGCGACAAAAUGCUACCUGUCAAAUGCACCUUCGAAACAGUCUGCCUGGGAGACUAGUUAGCAGUCAUAUUCUAGAAAAGAAGUAGAGUUGAUUAUUCUAAAAAACUUCUGUGUCUCCAGGAUGAACUUCUCCAGACCACAUAUGUACGUCGCACGCCUGGAUUCUCUUUAGUGUCAGAGUCACUUAACCCUGGGCAGAGAAGGCCUGACCGAUACCCACUCUGGUCCAGGAAGGGCUGAUACCUCCAUGUCAGUGUUUCUGUGAACUAAAGCUCUUACUGAUCACACACACACACACACACACACGCAACAAAUGUCCAUUUCUCCCUUGCUAAAUUUGCCUAAUUAUGUCGCUAGUUUUGCAGAUCCUUUCUCUGGAUGGCCAUCCACAGGAGAAUACCACUGUUUUCACCUCCCAUCCAGCUGCCGGGAGUAGCCGAGGUUCUGUGUAGGCAAGUAGAGGCCGGGCCCUUGGCUCCGUCCCAUGACCCUAGUGUGGUAGCCACAGAUAUAAGUGGUGGCCCAGUUAAAAGGAGAGCCAGCCUUUCCGUAAGAGCUUUGAGGGCCAUGUGGCCCACACACCUCAGAGGCCUCGACACACACUUCCAGUCACCCUGCCUUUGACCGGGGCUCCUCAUUUGGAAACACAAGAGAAAGGUCAGGAAAGAGAUGCAGGACGAUAUGGAACUCUCCUGGAUUUUUUCCAAAUAGUGAUGACAGAUCCCGUUCGUGCUUACCGUGUGUCAGAGCUGCUCUGAGCACUUCGUACAUCCCUGAAUCCUCAGGACAGCCUCCCGCCCCCACCACCAAGGAGGUGCUGUUCUCGCCUCUGUUUCAGUGAUGAGGAACCCCAGGCAAAGAGAGGAACCCCAUUAGGCGGUUUGCCCCGGAUGCCUCCUUUACCGCUGCCUGGGCCCCGACAGGAACAGGCCAGUUUGCCUGUGGCAUGCAGCUGUCCCUUCUCUAAGCUCCACAGGGACCCGCCCAGAGAGCUUUCCCUUUGCCACACCUGCCUGGGACAGAUGUGCCCACGGUGCACCCUGAACUCAGCCACCGGAGCACCCCUGGGGACCGAGGGGUCUGCGGAGCGAGCUUCCCCCGGGGUCUGGCGGCGGGGCCUGGGGUGAGGCUGCGGGUUUGGGAGGGCUCACAGCCCGCCCUGCGUCUUCCCGUAAAAAGACUGAAAGAUUUGUCUCGAAUUCUGGAAGGUACCUGCCUCAGAAAUUCCUCCACUUCCGGAGCCGAGGCCAGCAGAAAAGUCGGCCCUCCCGCUCAUGGGCAGUGCAGGGCCGCAGGUGGGAUGCCUAAAGGGACAUCGCUGACCUCCGCCAGGGAGGACAGUGCCACAGGCAGCUGGUCCCCAACCGGUUGGCGAGGCUGAGAGACAGGCCAUCUUACCCCCUCUGUUCAAGUCCGCCCGGAACACGGGGUCUGUGCAGCGUGGUGGGGGCCGCCAGGGCUGCGCUGACUUCCUGGCCCCGUGAGCCAACGGGCUGAGGAGGGAGGACGGCGAGUGGCGUCAGGGUCACACUUCUUUGACCCCCCUCUUCUGUUUAUUAAAAUAAGGAGGCUCAUUCUCUCCCAGUCUCCCCUCCUCCUCCCCCAGGUCCCUCUAGCUUUGGAUCUGAUUUCUCGUCUUCCUCUCAGGCCCCACCCUGCCUCCUUCAUCCCUUCCUUCUCCAUGACUCUCUUCCUCCUUCUGUGUCCCCUUUUGCCCUCCUCGCGGUACGUGUGCUCACACACACACCUCCACACACGCACACCACAUGCCCUGCACACCCGUACAUCACACACACGUACCACACUCAUCACACAUACACUUACACACACACACGAGACGUACAUAGAGCACACACACACGCGUUACACACACAACACACUAUACACGUGCACUAUGUGCAAAAGUUAUACAUACCCAUACAUCAUACACGCGUAUACACAUACACUAUACACACACACUCAACACAUAUACAUCACACACAUGCAUUAUGCACACACAAUACACACACAUAUACAUAACACACACAUAUAUACACACACUGUAUACACACACACUCAACACAUAUAUGUUGCACACACAUGCAUUAUGCACACACAAUAGACUACACAUACAUAACACACACAUCAUGUAUACACACACUAUGUAUACUACACACACAUACUAUAUGCACAUACACUAUACACACCUACAUUACACACACACGCACACACACGCACACACAUGCACUAUCCACAUACAUUAAACACACACUAGACACACAGAUGCUAUGGCUGGGUCCCAUCAUCCACUUUCAAGUUACAAGGAAGGCCAACAUGAGUGGGGCAGGAUUCUAACUUCCUCUGAGGAUUUAACUGCAGGAUCUUGGCUCCUGGGAAAACACUGUUGAUCAUGCCCUGGUGACCUUUCCCAAAGCGUGCUUGGAGGAACCCAUCCUGACUAAAAAGGGUGAUGGUACCAGACCAGUAUUAAACCUCAAAUUUCCAAGCUGACAAACAGGUCUUAAGGAGUCACUUAUACCUGCCAACCCUCCCCCGGCUCUGGGCUCCCCCUGAGACCCUGGCGUUUCCCCUUAAACAUACAUGACCCACCAUAAUAGCAUUAGACCUUUAACUGAGUAUGCAGUCAUCUUCCAUGGAGUUCAGUCCAUUCAUUAUUUUUGGUUAAGCACACUUCUUGAGAUUCAGAUGUUCUAUUAAAACACUGAGUGUGGAAAAAACCCACUUGACUACGAUAGAAGGAAGAAUGGAUAUCAUGUGACCAACUUCAGGUAUAACAGUAUUGUUUCAAAGAGAAUUAUUGUACGGUUAUA